UUUGGGAUUGAUUGUUGUUUAGUUUUGAUUUCAGGGUUGUCUUUCGGUCAAGGGAAGGGAAAACGAGGAUCCCCGCCGGUCAGAGACUUACCGGCGAUGGACGCGGCGGUGAGGGUAAGACGGGUUUUUUCUUGCAUGUCGUAUUUGGGGGUUCUUUUGGCGAAUUCGAUUUAUUUGGUGAUUCGAUCUUUUCGGGUUUGGGGUUCUCUGACUAUGUUUUAUUGUCUCUGGGGUUUUGGUUCUGGUUUUGGUCGAAGGAAAUGGAAGAAAGGGACUCGCCGGAUCCAUUAUAGGAUCUCGCCGGCGACGAAGAUGACGACGGCAGGGUGGUGUCCCUGUGCUAUAGGAAAAGGCGAGUACCGAGACUGCACCGCCGCCGAGGACAGUAGCGCCGGUGACAGGAUGAGAGUUUCGUUAAGAAGAAGUUGUCUCUUUAUGGUGGGCUUGUGGCUGAAAAAGAAGGCGAAAGAAGUGGAAGAGGGUUUCAGGCUGUGGCUGUGUGUUUUGGAAGGGAAGGAGUUUGGGAAUGACCAAGAGAUGAAGAAGAAGAAGAAGAAGAGAGGAAGUCUGCUGGGGGUGGUUUUUUGCAGAGUUUGGUUUCAGAGAAGCCUCCUCGUUGUAAGUGCCCAAAGGCCUCUUUUUAUAGAAAGAGGCUGCUUAGGCAGCAAGCAAGCUACAAUACCCAAUUUGGUCUGACCGGGUUUCGGUCAUUGGUUGGACCAGGUUUGGGUUUUCGGUUAGAUUGGUCAUGGGUUAGGUCAGAACAGGUCAACGGAUCAGUUUGGCCAGCUUUGACUUCUUUUGACAGUUGACUCCUUGGUUGGGCUUUGACUUGAGCCCAAUCUCUUUUAUUUAUACAAUUUUAAAGGUCAUUUAUGUAACAACUUUGUAGUAAUGUAUUUGUACAUGUAAAUGGAACUUAUUUUAAUAAGAUUGUUAUUUUAUUUCUUUAUCUUUAA